CGCGUCUGCUGUCAGUCAGACAAAGACAGUCAGGGCGAGUCUGCCUCACAACAUCACACCAAAUAUCAUCUUUAUCACCUGACAGAGCGCAAUAAAUGAUCGGCUGCGCUCAGAUAUUGUGCAUUUUCCUCAUUCAAGAAUGUCUCACUACACAGAUGAGCCUCGUUUCACCAUCGAGCAGAUCGAUCUUCUCCAGAGACUGCGGCGUACAGGUAUGACCAAAGUCGAGAUCCUGCAUGCCCUGGACACCCUGGAGCGCCUCGACCGUGAGCAUGGUGACAAAUUUGGCCGGCGUGGCCCGUCGGACUCUAGCGCCACCAACAGUACCACCUCCAGUACAACACCCACCUCAAAUAACACAAACAAAUCCAGCAUGGCGACACAGACGCAAUUCCACGCCAACUUAUCGCCGUCUCCUAGCAACAGUUAUGCCACUUCCCCACCCACGAUCUUACCCUCGCCGGUCUCUCUGGUUGCCAUGGUGCAGAAUGGGCGGGACAAUUUGGCAGCAAUGCCCAAUGGGAAGCUGUCUCCAAACCGUUACACUAUGAAUAGCUCAGCGGCCGUGAGAUCGUAUGGACUUGAGGGAUCUGAAGAUGACCUGGAUGUAGACGACAAAGUGGAGGAGCUUAUGAGGCGGGACAGUACUUUGGUGAAGGAGGAAAUCAAGGCAUUCCUGGGCAACAGACGCAUCUCACAGGCCGUGGUGGCUCAGGUCACAGGUAUCAGUCAGAGCCGAAUAUCUCAUUGGCUUCUCCAGCAGGGUUCAGAUCUCAGUGAACAGAAGAAACGAGCUUUUUACCGCUGGUACCAGCUCGAGAAGACCACACCUGGUGCCACAUUAAACAUGCGGGCCACCCCUAUAUCUUUGGAUGAGAUGGAGUGGCAUCAAACCCCACCCCCUAUAUGCUCCACCCCCGGCAGCUUCCGUCUACGCAGAGGCAGUCGAUUCACCUGGAGGAAGGAAUGUCUCGCUGUGAUGGAGAGUUAUUUUAGUGAUAAUCAAUAUCCAGAUGAAGCCAAACGAGAGGAGAUCGCCAACGCCUGCAAUGCCGUCAUUCAAAAACCAGGAAAGAAGUUGUCUGACUUGGAGAGAGUCACGUCCUUAAAAGUGUACAACUGGUUUGCCAACCGACGCAAAGAGAUCAAGAGGAGAGCCAAUAUUGGGUCUUUUUUCCAAGAAGCCACAAUCUUGGAGAAUCACGGAAUAGACGUGCAGAGUCCUGGAGGACACUCCAACAGUGACGACGUCGACGCUAAUGAUUACAACGAGCAGGGUUGUGAUGUUUCCUAUUUUGAAAAGAGAGGUGUGAACAGACCCUUUGGUUACUACCGACUAGAACCCACCUCACCGACACAGGAUGACGGUGCCAAUCACGCAGACCACCAAGACCCCAUCUCUCUCGCUGUGGAGAUGGCAGCUGUCAAUCACAGCAUCCUCGCCCUGUCCCGCCCAGGAGGCGUGGCCAGUGAGAUCAAAACAGAGGCAUUGGACGAUGACUGAGGGAGAUGAAGAGGAUAGGGGUGUGUGAGUGUGUUUGCAGCGGUGUGUAUUGGGCCAGACGUGUACAAUCUCGAUGACCAAAACAACGCUCUGUCUCAAGCUUUUAGAAUCGAAUAUCACCCGCCAUCUACACUCCUGCUGAACCACUAAACAUAUAAGCCAGAGUCACAUUACACACGCUCUUUACAAGAACGUCUUUAAGUCUCUCCGAAAACCUUGCAGAACUCAGAAGCUGAUCUGAACCUCGUACCUCAUUCCAGUCCAGUAACUUGUAUAAUGUUUUAUGUGCUUCCUGUCUGUGUGCUUCAGUAAACAUAUUCAUUUUUCUCAGGCUGUAGCUGUAUUUUAGGAGACAGGUGAGGCUAAUAUCGAGAUUUUCAAAUGUUAAAGUUGUAGUUUGUUGCUCUGGAAUCCAUAAUGGUGCAACGUGUCUCAGAACUUUAAUUUUCACUACAAAUGUUCUCGUGUCUGGUUUGAAGUUUCCAUUUUCUCUUAGAAGUCUUUUCAUCAAACUGCAAUUGGUGGCUGAAUCAAAUGAAGAACAUAACCGAGUCACAUUACCCCACAAAAUCAAAAGAAACGUGAAAUUUUCUUUUAAGUCUAUUUUUAGGAGCAUUAUGAUUUUUUGGAUCACAGCAUUACUUUUAUGACAUUUAAGCAUAUUUUCCCCGACCAGCCUCUUACUGUAAUGUAGCUUAAGGCUAUGUUCACAGCGGCAAAAAAAUCAAACUUUUUUGGCCUAUUCGACUCAAGAGAUGCUCUAAGGUGCAGUAACAAUGGCUGCGAGCCACCACAACGCGAUAAGGUAUUUGUGACGAGGAGUCGGGCUAAUCAGCCGGGAGUGGGAUAAAGACUAGCCGGAGGCGCCAGUUCGAGAGAGAGACAGAUGCACACGGCAUGUGUGUUUAUCAUUAAACAUUUAUGUUAACCGUUCAGCCGGUUCCCGCCUCCUCGCCCGUUCUCAUACAGUUACAGUAUUGAAUAUCUCACAUGAAUACGGGACGCUUUAACAUUUCAAUACAGGACAGGGGUACCCUUUAAGAUUCUCGCUGUUCGACCCUUUUAUGCUUCAAUACUAGACACUAAGCCUUCAAUAAGGGACAUCUUGCUGCCUGCUAAAAUACAGGACAAUUAUGGACAAGAAAUGGGACUAAACUAAACAGGUGUAAACUCUUAACAUCAACAAACACUGCAUAUGGCACCUCUCCUGUUUUUACAUUUAUGCAUUUGGCAGACACUUUUAUCCAAAGUGACUUACAGUGCACUUAUUACAGGGACAAUCCCCCCGGAGCAACCUGGAGUUAAGUGUCUUACUCAAGGACACAAGGGUGGUGGAUGUGGGGAUUGAACCAGCAACCUUCUGAUUAACAGUUCAUUGCUUUAGCUCACUAUCACCACCACUCCUCAUUUUUUAAGCCGUUGUCCAUGAUGAACGUGUUUGUAUUUGGAUAAUGCCCUCAUGACAAACAAACAAAACAUCAAUGGCUAAACACUGACGAACGAACACACGCAAGUUUGCAUCAUUACUAAAUCAAUUAAAGUGGACGUGCUAGCGAACGCAACUGCAGUCUGAACAGAACUAAAUCUGAUCUGUCCACACACAACAGUCUCUAGAGUUUACUCGGAAUGGUGCCAAAAACAAAAAACAUCCAGUGAGGGGCAGUUGUGGGUAUGGUAACGCCUUGUUGAUGAGAGAGGUCAACAGAGAAUGGCCAGACUGGUUUGAACUGACAAAGUCUACAGUAACUCAGAUAACCGCUCUGUACAAUUGUGAUAAGAAUAUCAUGUCUGAAUACUAUUGAGAUUUUUUUGCAGACACAUGAGGGACCUACACAAUAUUAGGCAGGUGGUUUUAAUGUUGUGGCUGAUCGGUGUGUAUAUAUAGGGCUGCCAAUCGAUUAAAACGUUUGAUCUAAUUGAUUACAUAUCAUAUUUGCAGAGGAAAACCCCAAAAUAUACAUUACAUUAUUGUGGCAGACGAGUAAAGCUUUGAUAAGACAAUACAAAAAGUUGCUUUAGAAGUCAAUAUAUGGUUUACUUCAAUAUUAUUGAACAUAAGCCAAUCAUUGGUCUACAGCAAUCCAUUUUCCAACUGUAUUCGUCAAUAUAUCAGAGAUUUUCUAAAGACGCGUCUAUGUGCAUGCGUCAAGACGGAUGCUUUCGGAGUCGCUGUAUUUGAACUCAACAACGCAUCCUCAUCUCGAGCUGUCUGCUGUGAUUGGUAGCUUGUACAGCUGGAGUUGCGCUUACUGCCCCCUGCUGACUCACGCAUAAAAACAAGGUGAUAUUUCAAGCUUGAAUUGCAACAAUCGUAGGAAAAUUAUUUUAUGUUGUCAGAAGGCGUGAUUAAUUGCAUUACAUUCUUACGAAUUUAAAACGAGAGCCCUAGUAAAUAUAAUAUUGAAUUAAAAAAUAAUAAUAAUUUUGAGGUGCAAUGUGACUCAGACAUGUUUAAAUGAGAUUCACUAAAUUUAAGCAUACGCUUAUUCAUGAAUCCCAUUUCAAAUCAAAUUAAAGGGUUUUAUAACAGCCAAAGUGUGUAAAGUUAUCCCAUGCAGAAGCUCAAGUCUCCUGGACUCUAAAUUAACCUGCAGUGAUAGACUUCAUAAAUGGCGUUUCCUUUUUAUAAAAAAAACUAAACAAAAAAAAAAACACUCUUAAAUGCCCAGAUUUACCCAAAAUGAAAUUAUGUAAAUGCUAAUCUUAUGUUUCUAUUUAUUUAACUUUUGCAUUUUUUUAUUUAGUAAUUUGCAUGCACCAUCUCAGUCAAGGCCUAAGGACCUGUUCUCAUAUAGUUGUUUUAAGCUGUGACAUCAGCGUGAAUUAUCAUUCCUCCGAGAUUUUAGCUCCAGAUGGCAGCGGUCAGAGUGAACGUGCAAGCUCACUGUUGUUGUUUUUUCCAACCAGGGCAUCCGAACACUGUGCCCAUGAUGCUUUUGUUAAUUAUUAUUGUGAAAACGUUACAAUUGCACAGUGUUCGUUGUUAAAGAAAGACCGACAAAGAUUUCCUUUCUGCUGCUACAGAGCUUCGAGAGCGUCUUAACUCUCAUCUAACAUAAGCUUGUUUCCAAAAUGUAGCUCAUUUUAUUGCAAAUGACCUUCUUUAUUCACUCAAUGAUUUUAUGUGUCCUUCCUCUAUUUUCCUGUGUACAAAUGUUCAAUUGAUAUUUAUGUAAUGACAUUUGUCUUUUUUUAUUCGAUUGUUUUUGCUGUUUUUGUUCAGAGCAGUCUUCUGAAGUAUGUCCGAUUUAAAUACAUUUGUGAGAGCAAAGCACCCCCUUCACUCAAACACUAUUUUAUUGGAGCCUCUUAAAGGGACAGUCCACCCCCAAAUUAACUGAACCGGGUUUUAACUGUAUGUAGCAUUACACUUAAAAGUGUCUUUCAGUUUGUACAAAGUGGAAAACAAGCAUGCAAUAAAUAAGGAAUGAUUUGUAUUUUGUUCCCUCUCUACUAGAAAGAAUGUGCCAAACGAAAGUAUCGCUUCAAGUAUUAAUAUAAAACUGACUUUUAUAUGACCUGAAAGAGACAUAAUAUACUUAGAAUGACUCGUUACCUUGUCUUAAGUGUUCAUAUCCAGACCAACGGACGAUUUUAUUCUGUGAACCCGUAUCUUAAAGGGGGUGCUUUUCAGGGUGCAUUUUCAUAUACGUCUAUACGCAAAAAUCUAUUGACUUAUAAAAGCAACUGUAUAAAUAGAUAUAAUACAGUAAAUACGAAUUUAAUGAAUUUUUAAUCAAAUAAUUAUUUAGAUUUUUGAUUACUUUUGUUCUGAACCAUCUCCCAUUUAAGAAUUCAGUGCCUUUUUUGGACAGUAGACUGUUCUGUAAUUAUACUAUAGGAUAUAUAACAUUUUUGUACAGUUUCUUUGUUUAAAAUGACUUUUUUUUUUAAACUUGUGUUUAUUUUAGUACUUUAUCUUCUGGAGAAUAAAGGUAUAUUGAUGAUCAAGAGAGCGUGGUUUCAUUCUUGCUGUUGUGUUGCCUCAGAUUUGCAUGUAAUAUAACAUUGUUUAUAUAAAGUGGGAAUUGAAAGAAACCCACUCAGCAUGUGGCUCUAGCGAAAGCUUUAUAUAUAUGCGUUUUGGCCAACACCAGUCUCUCAAUUGACUUCAUGACCAGAAACGUCAGAGCAAUGGGACUGUAGUCAUUAAGUCCUAUGAUUUUGGG